AUGAUGUUCCUCCUCUCCGCUCUUCUCUGCCUCGGGCUGAGUCUGGGCCAUACGACCCACAUGCAGACAGGUGAGGAUCCUCCCAAACCCACCCUCUGGGCUGAGCCAGGCUCUGUGAUCCCUUAUGAGCCUGUGACCCCCUGGGAUGAGGGGACCAUGGAGGCCCAGAAGUUUGAUCUGUAUUAGGAAGGAAAGUGUGUGCUUUGGAACACACGGACUCAAAGGAAGUCCACAGCCAAGGGCAAGUUCUCCAUCACACACAUGACAGGGAAUGAUGCAGGGAGAUACUCCUGCUAUUAUAACAGCCCCGCUGGCUGGUCAGAGCGCAGUGACCCCCUGGAGCUGGUGGUGACAGGAUCCUACAGCAAACCCAGCCUCUCAGCCCUGCCCAGCCCUGUCGUGACCUCAGGAGGGAAAGUGACCCUCCAGUGUGGCUCAGGGCAGGGAUUUGACAGGUUCCGUCUGACUAAGGAAGGAGAUCACAGGCUCUACAGGACCACGGACUCAGAGCCACACCCCAGUGGGCAGUCCCAGGCCCUGUUCCCUGUUGGCCCCGUGACCCCCAUUCACAGGUGGAGGUUCAGAUGCUAUGGCUAUUACUGGAAGAGACCCCAGGAGUUGUCACACCCCAGUGACAUCCUGGAGCUCCUGGUCCCAGGUGAGUCUGGGAAGCCCUCCCUCCUGAGCCAGCAGGGCCCCAUUGUGGCCUCUGGACAGAGCCUGACCCUCCAGUGUCACUCUGAUGUCGGCUAUGACAGAUUCGCUCUGCACAAGGAGGGGGAACGGGACCUCCCCCAGAGCCUUGUCCUGCAGCCCCAGGCUGGGCUCUCUCAGGCCCACUUCCUCCUGGGCACUGUGAGCAGCUCCCACGGGGGCCGGUACCGAUGCUACGGUGGAUUCAACCUGUCCUCUGAGUGGUCGGCCCCCAGUGACCCCCUGGACAUCCUGGUGGCAGGACACCUGUCUGACACACCCUCCCUCUCGGUGCAGCCAGGCCCCAGGGUGGCCUCAGGAGAGAAUGUGACCCUGCGGUGUCAGUCACAGAGCCAGAGGGACACGUUCCUUCUGGCCAAGGAGGGGGCAGCUGAUCCCCCCUCUCGUCUGAGAUCAAAGCACCGAGCUCGGAAGUUCCAGGCAGAGUUCUCCAUGACUCCUGUGACCUCAGCCCACUGGGGCACCUACAGGUGCUACAGUUCAAACAGCUCCUCCCCCUUCCUGCUGUCACACCCCAGUAAGCCCUUGGAGCUUCUGGUCUCAGGACCCUCUGGAGCCCCCAGCCCCCCACCCACAGGGCCUACCUCCACAGCAGGAUGCUCUGAGGAUCAGUCUCACCUACCCUCAGGAUCAGGCCCACAGACAGGUUCCAAAUGGUACUGGAUAGUGCUCUUGGUGGCCUUGGUUCUGCUGCUCUCCCUCCUCCUCUUCCUCGUCCUCCGACAUCGACGUCAGAGCAAAGGCAGGAGCUCAGGGGCAUUUUUGCACACAAAGGACAGACAAGCAGAAGAGGACAGACAGAUGGACAGUCAGGCUGCUGCACCUGACACCCCCCAAGAUGUGACCUACGCCCAGCUGAACCUCUUGGCCCUUAGACAUCAGACAAGUGCACCCCCAUCCUCCCCGUCAGAGGAGCCCCCAGAAGAGCCCAGUGUGUAUGCUGCUCUAGCCAUCCACUAGCUCAGGAGGGACUCAGACCCCACACUUUAGGGAGGGAGCCUGCAGGGACCCCAGAAGGCAGGAAAGUGCCCCCUGGACAUUCAGGUAGUGCCCUGCCCACCGUGGAGAACUGAGGUGUCCCUGGGACUCCCGGGGAGUCACCUCAUUCUAUCGUCAAAGAUAAGCCAAUAUCUCCACAUUUGGAAACCAAAGCAACAGACUUCCCAAUAACCAACGUGUGAACAAAAUCAAGUGAAUGUUUUAACUGGAAUUGUAAUGUAAAUGUGAUGC